AAUUGAUAGCUUUUACUUAUUUUUGAAAAUUAACAACUGAAAACAGGAAAAAAAUUUUGUGGUUAAAACUUUGAUAUUCAUGUCGUAGGUUUAUCUAUUAAACAAUAUAAUUUUGCAAGUUGUCAAUGUCAUAUUUUGAUAAAAACCGCAACAGGACGAAACCUCAAAUUUUUACCUGUCUUUAAAAUAACAUUUUGAUUAUUUUAAUUAAUUUCUUUCUAAUAAUGCUCUAAAAUAUUGUAGCUGCAUACGAGAAUCAAGGCUAAAUAUUUGAAAUAACUAUUGCAUCUCUAUUUCAUAACCUACCUUUUCCUACAUUCCAUUAACCUAAAAAGUGGCAUGUUUUUAUAAUUUAUAAAUCUGUUGCAUGUGUGAAAAAGUGGAUUUCCAAAAUGACGAGUCUAACAGAAGAUGAAUUAUUUUGCGACGCUGAAGAAGAGUGUCAAAAACUUGAGAACGUAAAAAUAGAAUCUGAUGAAGAUCAAAAUUAUUUUGAAGAUGAAGAAAAUUUAGAUUAUGACAGUGACGAAGAGUACUUUGAACAUCAGUCAAGCCACUCUAAUCAACAAAAAACUUCAGUUAAAGUAAACAACUUUCAACCAAAUGAAAAUUUAUUCAAAAAAUAUACACACAAAAUAAACGUUGAAAAGUAUGAAGUGAAUUCCCUCCCGCAACACACAACCAAUUUAUUAUUAGCAAAUCAGAAACGUGUUGAAAAUGAGAGAAAUCGUACCAAAGAUAAGCAUGAUAGAGCUACUGCGGAACAAGUUAUGGAUCCCAGGACAAGAAUGAUAUUAUUUAAACUAUUAAAUAGAAAUAUAAUAUCAGAAGUAAAUGGUUGCAUUUCUACAGGAAAAGAAGCUAAUGUAUAUCAUGCUUCCUCAAAAACUGAUCAAGAUUAUGCUAUCAAAGUUUAUAAAACUUCAAUUCUAGUAUUUAAAGAUAGAGAUAAAUAUGUUAGUGGUGAAUUCAGGUUUAGACAUGGUUAUUGUAAACAUAAUCCAAGAAAAAUGGUACGAACCUGGGCAGAGAAAGAAAUGAGAAAUUUAUUUCGUAUGCAUUCUAAUGGUUUAAAUGUACCUGAACCCAUUCUACUGAGAUCGCAUGUGUUAUUAAUGACUUUUAUUGGAAAAGAAGGGUGGCCAGCUCCUAAACUUAAAGAUGUUGAACUUAGUCAAUCAAAAGCAAGAGAAGCUUAUAGGGAAGUCAUAGUUAUGAUGUGGAAAAUGUACAAUAAAUGUAAAUUAGUUCAUGCUGAUUUGUCUGAAUUCAACAUGCUAUAUCAAAAUGGACAAAUUUUCAUUAUUGAUGUUUCUCAAUCUGUUGAACAUGAUCAUCCCCAUGCUCUUGAAUUCUUAAGGAAAGAUUGCACUAACAUCACAGACUUUUUCAAAAAGAAGGAGGUAGCUACACUCAGUAUCAAGGAAUUAUUUGAUUUCAUCACAGAUCCUAGUAUUACUGAGAAUAAUAUGGAAGCUUGCUUAGAUACUUUAGCUGAAAAGGCAGCUGAUAAACCAGAUCCUACUUCUAGUGAACAGAUAGAGGAAGAAGUUUUUAAACAAGCAUAUAUUCCAAAAAGGCUAACUGAAGUAAUUGAUGCUGAAAGAGAUAUAAACCAAGCAAAAGCAGGCACCACUGAAAGUUUGAUUUAUAAGACUCUGGUUGGUUUAAAAUCUGAUCUUAGUGGAACCAUUCAAAAGCCAGAAAUCUUGGAAAGUAAAAGUUCAGAAGAAAGCUCUGAUGACAUAAAUAGUGAUGAUGGAUCUGAUGAAGAAGAAAGCAAAUUUAAAGAUUGUUCCAGGCCUAAACAUGAAACGUUAGAUGAAAAGAAAGCUAGAAAAAAGGCUAUCAAAGAAGCACAAGCUGAAAAAAGGAAAACUAAAGUUAAAAAACAUAUAAAGAAGAGAAAAGAAAAAGUUGCAAAAAAAUAGUAGUUUGUACAUUGUUAAUGAUAAUUUUUGUAAUAUAAUCUGCUACCAUAGCUAAAUAUUUAUUUAUAAAAA